AUGCUUGAUCGACGAGUGGCCAACGAAACAGUUUCGGCUUUCGGCAAUUCAACGGUGCAUUCAACGGUCAAUCUAUCUCGUGCCAUCAGAGAAGUGACUGAUGCUCUUAAUUAUUCCAAUAUCCUUGGUAAAUGGAUAAGAUUUCCGCAAACACGUCAAGAAAGAGAUUCUAUAAAACGAAGAUUUUAUGAAAAAUUUAAUAUACCUGCUGUUUUGGGUUGCAUUGAUGGUACACACAUAAGUAUUGUUAGACCCACAGAAAAUGAGAGGUUUUUCAACAGAAAACAAUUUCAUUCAAGAAAUGUUUUAAUUAUAUGUGAUGCUGAUUUAAAUAUACUGUCAGUGGAUGCAUAUUUUGGCGGAAUCUCUCAUGAUAGUUUUAUAUGGAACCAGCAUCCAGUUAAAAACCAUAUCAUUUCAUUGCUUAGUUCAGGAGAAAAUAUGUAUUUAUUAGGUGAGACUCAGGAUAUGCUCAAAGUGGUAUAUGAUAACCACCAAACUCCGCUGAAGGAUAUUAUAAUAAGUUGCAGUACUCAGCUCGUAACACUGUAG